UGAAAUACCCCGUAGAUGUGUUUUCGCUCGUCUCGCCGGCGAGGCUGCGCCGAGCCCCUCCUCUCUGUAGCAAGGCUCCGCUCGUCUCGCGGCGUGCCCUUCUCCAAACUGCGGCGAGGCCGUACCGAGCCCUCCUCUCCGUUAUAAGGCUUCGCUCCUUCUCGCGGCGCACCGUGCCGAGCCCUUGUACCAACUGCAAGGUUUCGCUCGUCUCGCCGACCUCCCCCUCGUCACGCCGGCGAGGCCGCCGCCGUACCGAGCCCUCGCCCUCCUCUCCGCUGCAAGGAUUGGCUCGUCUCGCGGCGUGCCCCUCCUCCUCGUCUCGCGCGGCCGUACCCAGCGCCCUCCUUCCCUCUUCGAGGCUUCGCUCGACACGUCCUCUGCCGCCGCGCGCGGCGACGCUAAGAGCCGGGGUGCCGACUGACGAGGAUAAUCAUCCCCUCCUAGCAACCACCACUGCCUUCAGAUGGAGGACAUACGUGAUAUGGAGCUGCUGUUAAGGAGAGCGACUCUGUUCGCUGGGGGCACUGCCUCGCUGGCCAUCGAUGUCGCCAAGGCAGCCCUCCCAGUGAGCGCCACUCAGAUGGCGCACAUGGCCUACGAGCUAGGGAGUGCUGCGGACAACAAUGGCGUCAAUAACGUGGAAUUGCUCAAGGCUGCGGAAGAGGUGAGAAGGGCAGAUGACAAAACAAGAUGUGAGGCUGUCUCUGGUUUGAUCCACGCGUGUGUCGAGCUUGCACGUGAUGCAGUUCACGCUGGACAUGAUGGUAUCAUGCACAAUGCGAUUGACUUGGCACUUGCUGGACGCUUCUUCUUGCGAGUUGCAGCAUUGGGCAGUACAGAGAGGCCAGCCACCAGUCAGCCCGAACACCGGCUCAUGGAGCAGCCAGCCACCGGCCAGCCCAUGCAGAAGCCCCAGGAGCAGCUAGCGACCGGCCAGCCCAUGCAGAAGCCCCAGGAGCAGCCAGCCACCAUCCAGCCCAUGCAGAAGCCCCAGGAGCAGCCAGCAGGCGCUGGACAUGCAGCCUGGUGGUCCAAAUGGAAGAGAAAGACGGAAGUAAGUGAUUUGGAGAAACAUCUUCUGCAGAAAUCUCCCCCACCCAGUGGCAAUGUAGCUGUCGCUUCUUCUUCAAGCCUAGAUAAGGUGCAGGGGAAGCUAUGUGACAAGUGGCUAGGUAUGCAAGUGUCAGCUCUUUCGAUGUCGCUCUGUUUGCUCCCCUACAUGGGGCGAGAUGGACUUCUGAAAGAGGGUACAUUCUCUGCUCGUUAUCUGUGGUGGGUGGACGUGCUGUUCAAGCUGUGGUGGGGUGUAGUUGCUCUUGGUGUUCCAUGCAGCUUGUACGGUAGCUGGUGGAUUGAGCUGCAGUAUGCUCGCCUUUCCGGCCACUUAGGGAUACUCGGUUUGACAGUGCUUGUUGGUAUGUUUUCUCACUGGAUAUUAGCAACUGAAGUCACAGCAGUGUUGAUAAUAUUUCUGGUUUUUACAACUGGGUUUUUUUAUCAGUUUCUUUAUCAGGUGCUGUGCCACGGAAGCGCUGUGAUGCUGCUGCAGUAAAGGUCAGCAACACAAUUUUGGGAUGACAUUUGUAGCGGCCGUGUUAUCUGGGAGGAGAAUCUGUAGAUACUUGCAGUGAAUGUGUUGGUGCGUGUAUCGGCCGUUUAAAGUGAGAUGUGACACAUGCGGGCCAUCAAACGGCCUUCAAUCCUCAAGCUGGAUUCGUAAAUAGCAGUUGGAUUUGGUACAUGUCGCCAUGGAAGGUUGUGCGAUGUGCAAGGGUGCCGUUUUUGUUCUACUUCAGCUGACUAGUCUUAACUAGGAUGGUCAGUGCCAAGUGAUUUGGUGCUCUACGGUGUUAAUAAAGCACUAACUACCAUCUGUAAAUUCAUUUUCAUAAUUUCAUAUCCUCAGUUGUUAAGAGCGUACAGUA